GGAAGAAGCGCUCCCGUCUCUCCUUAUUGGGCGCAGCGCUCGUGGAGAGGGAGUGGAGAGAGAGAGAGAGAGACUCACUCAGAGGAGCGCUCCAGUCCAGUCCACGGCUCUCCAGCGGAGGAGAGGAGCGGAGCGCGCACCGGUCUCUCGCACACGGACGGCUCUCGGCGCUCUCUGUUCGACCCGCUUCGAAGCUUCGAGCACUGACGGAUCUAAAAGCUCGCCGUCGUUCCCUUCCGAACGCAGGAGAGCAGCGGCGACGUUUGGAUUUACGCACCGCGCGAGCACGGGGAUGUGGAUCGUAAAGUUCGCGUUGGUUUGGACCUGCUGGAUCGGAGUGAGCGCGGACUUCGAUGGCAGGUGGCCCAGACAGAUGGCCUCGUCCAAUGGGCUGUGUCGGUACGGCGGCCGCAUCGACUGCUGCUGGGGUUGGACACGUGUCUCCUGGGGCCAGUGCCAGCCUCUCUACGUCUUAACCCGCAGAGUAAUCGGGAUAAGGUGCCAACCCCAAGCCGUAUGUCAGCACGGAUGCAAACACGGAGAAUGCGUAGGACCCAACAAAUGCAAGUGCCAUCCAGGUUACACAGGAAAAACGUGCAACCAAGAGCAGGGCUAUGUUAGCCCCCCAUUAUGGCACAGCCGCCCUCCCGUUUUUGUUCCCAUGGACCACCGGCCGAUUGCGGUGCCUUCGGAGGACCUGAACGAGUGUGGCCUGAAGCCUCGUCCGUGUAAACACAGGUGCAUGAACACGUACGGGAGCUACAAAUGCUACUGUCUAAACGGCUACAUGCUGCUGCCCGACGGGAGCUGUGGAAAUGCCCGGACAUGCAGCAUGGCCAACUGCCAGUACGGCUGUGAAGUAAUGAAAGGAGAGGUUCGCUGCCAGUGCCCUUCUCCAGGCCUGCAGCUGGCUCCAGACGCCAGGACCUGUGUGGAUGUGGAUGAAUGCGCCACAGGUCAAGCGGUUUGUCCACGUUUCCGUAAGUGCAUCAACACGUUUGGGAGUUACAUCUGCAAGUGCCACGAUGGAUUCGACCUGCAGUACAUCAACGGGAAAUAUCAAUGCACGGAUGUGAAUGAAUGCUCUUCAAACCAACACCAGUGCAGUCCUUACGCCACCUGCUAUAACACACCUGGUUCAUACAAGUGCAAGUGUAAGGAUGACUACAGAGGAGUGGGCUACGACUGCAAACCCAUCCCAAAGGUGGUAAUUGACCCACCACGACCUGGAAAGACCACGCCGAGCAACAAUAACAACAAAGGGGGCAAUAAAAUUCCAGGCUCAGACCAAAAGAGAACCACCACAACAAUCAGACCACCUGUGACGGCUAAACGGAUCACACCUACAACAACCCCUAAACCUCCUCCAACCAAAAAAACCACCCCCCCAGCGAGAAUCCCAACGACCACCACCCGUAGGCCUCUCAUCCCCACAAAACGCCCUGUGGUGGUCACAACCAAACCUAGGCUCCCGGCCCGUCAGCAGCCGACCACAAAAGCCCCGGUGGUUACAGCGGUGGUUCCCUUUAUACCGACACGCAGACCUUUCAUCCCCUUUGUGACGCCAGUUGACAACAGCAUUAAAGAUAUUACCCAGAAACAUAGAGGGGACGGUCACAUGCCACGAAAACCUGUCCAGAACAAUAUGUUUCAUACCGAUUUAGAGAUUGAACUGGGCAACACCGGAGAUGAGCUGAGCGAUGACCCAGAGGCUGGACAUCUGAGCUGCUCUUUUGACCACGGCCUCUGUGCAUGGAUCCAGCACCGAGAGGGAGACCUUCACUGGGAGACAACAGCAGAUCCUUCAGGUGGGCGGUACCUGACGAUUUCGGAGGGCGGAGAGAAGCGAGGCGGGCGUGGCGCUCAGCUGAUCCUCCCACUGACCACGCCCUGGAACGAGGGGAACCUGUGCCUGGCCUUCAGACACAACAUGGCGGGGCACCACGUGGGCAUGCUGCAGGUGUUCGUCCAGAAGGGACGGCAGCACAGUCCCGCCGUCUGGGGUCGAACGGGAGGAAACGGCUGGAGAUCGACGCAGAUCACCAUCUGGGGCAACGGGCUAGAAAGCGUGGUUGUGAAGGGCGAGCGGCGGAGAGGCCGUAAAGGCGAAAUAGCUCUGGACGACAUGAGUCUCAAACGGGGUUCCUGUCAGGAAGAGCACAAUCUGAGGAGACUUUAACACCAACGACGCCGUCAACAAGAGACUUUUAAUGCCAGCUUUACUCACGGGACUCUGGGAAGACGGACACCUCACAGAAAGGGACGUGGCUUCCGGUCGGUCCCGGCACGGUUACGGUGCGCUUCCUCUGGCCUUCCUCGGUGGCUACAAGUGCAUGUUCCUGUUUAAUACAGCGCUGCAGAGAUGUCAUAUUUUUUUUGUAGGCCAAAUCCUGGAAACGAAUGCGCGUUUUAGCACUCCGGUUUCCGUUGUCCUGAAGUCGAUGGCUUUUUAUUAAUAAACGCAAGCUCAAAAUAUUUUCACAUUUUAUCCUAAAGCAUAACAUACAUCAGUAAAAACCCAUUGUUUGUGUGGUUUUUUAGCCCUUACGCGUCUUGAAAAGGCAGUUGCUAAGCGGCAGAACAGGUCUGUAGCGGUUGUCAGGGACGUUACGUCAUCGCGCUAAGCAGGUAAACACUCAUAUGUCGCUUUAGCAGCCUUGAGUUUUUAAUGGCACUCUUAAACUAUUUUAGAUCAAACUUUCAGGGAAAAUGUCUUUUAAACAAAUCAUAAAGUGUUACUAAGAAGGGUAACGGUUGCAGCGCGUUUGUUUACAGGCCGGCCUACAAAAAUACAAAACUGCAGCGCUCUAUUGGACGAGAUGUCUAAAAGGUCGGAAAAUAUACUUUUGUAUAUUUUAAUUUUGUAGAUACAAAGUUUGUCUCCCACUUCUAAUAUUUGUGUCGAAGUGUCACGCCAUUGUAAAUGCAAGUUGCCCAGUUUAUUUGCCUUUUUUAAAUUCGGCCCACGUGAUUUGUUAACCGGCUAAUCCGAGUGACGAACUAUUUUUGGUGUAUUAUUGUAAAUGUAUUCAUACAUGUGUGUGUGUAUAUAUAUAUAUAAAUAUAUUUCAAAUAUGCUUUGUAGCUGCAUAUGUACGUGAAUUCUAUAAGUGAUGCAGGACAAUGUUUACAUCACACAAUCCCAGUUUUGAGUAUUUUAUUGACGUAUAUUAAGUACAAACCAGUAAACCGUUCUGAGUUUUACUUAUUAAUGGCUGUAUCAGCCAUUCUGUGUGAUCACCACAACCAUGUUACCCUUUAAGACUGUGUGUUGAAUAUGAAAGCUCUCGGUUUAAUAUUCAGACGAAGCAACGAUCUCCAGACAUUAAAAGGUGUGAACAUAAAA